AUGUUGAACUGUCUUCUUGGACUCAUUUCAGAUCCAAUCAGAUUGGUUGGAUCAAGUCAGGGAUGCUCUGGAAGAGUUGAAAUAUACCACAACAACACCUGGGGAACAGUCUGUGAUGAUAACUGGGGCAUAAAUGAUGCUGAGGUGGUCUGCAGACAGUUAGGCUGUGGUUCAGCACAGAGUGCUCCUUCAGCUGCCUUCUUUGGUGAAGGUACUGGACCAAUCUGGCUUGAUGAGGUGAAUUGUACWCAAAUCAGGUUACGUGGACCGUCUCAGUGCUCUGGACGAGUUGAAAUUUAUUACCGUAAUGAAUGGGGGACAGUGUGUGCUGACAGCUGGGACCUAAAUGAUGCUCAGGUGGUCUGCAGACAGCUGGGCUGUGGUACAGCUCUGGAUGCCCCUCUUUAUGCCUACUUUGGCCAAGGUUCUGGACAAAUCUGGCUUGAUUAUGUGCAAUGUAAAGGAAAUGAAACAUAUCUGACAGGCUGUUCAAGCAGUGGACUUGGGAUCCACAAGUGUGGGCACGGUGAGGAUGCUGGUGUCAUCUGUUCAGGUGAGAAAAUGUUUUUUUUUUUUUCAGUAUUACUCUUUUGUUUUGAUUAUUAGUGUUGCCGUUGUUGUUAAUGGA